AUGGGAAGUCUCCAGGAGGCAUUGCCAUAUCUGGAGGAAGCCUUAGAACUCUGCAGAGAUGCCACGAUUUUGACGUGGUUCGCAUGGGUGCUUUUGAUCACAUCCAAGAAGCAGAACUUCUAUCGGCGCUACCUGGCACAGCAGCGAGUUUCCGAGUGCUGUAAGGAGGCCCUUCAGAUGCAGCCCAGUGCUCUGGCGGCGCAGUGCCUGGCCCAUGUGGAGCCGGAGACUUUGGCCAUGUGCACCGCCUUAAAUCCGGUGCACCAUCUGGUGGCCUAUGGAAGGCACUGUUUGGAUGGCGCUGCUGCGCAACGUCGCGCCGGCGCGGCGGCCUUGCGGCGCUUCUUAGCUGAGGUGAAUGGUCCAGCAGACCUUCCCACGGCAUGUUUGCUGCUGGGAGAGCUGGGUGCCACACCCGUCACUGGCGGCAGCACGGUUACCACGGCGAUGAUCAUCUCAUCCAAAUUGAUGGCCUUGGAUGCCUUGUGGCGCUACUGGACAUACGUCAAGAAGCCUCAACGAGCUACAGAGGCGUCUUUGGUGGCCAUUGGCGCCCUGAGAGAGGCCCCAAGUGCCUGGCAGAGGGCUGUGACCAUGGCGUUGAAGGCUUUAGCCCUGGACGGGCAGUGGGAUGAAUGUUGGCGCCUGGCGGCUGCAGAGCUGUCAUGUCGCUCCUCCCGCGAGAUCCUCUACCAAUGCGGACGAUUGGCAUUCUACGAUGGCCGGGAGGAGGCGAUUUCGGCCUAUUUGCCUCACAUGAAGGGCAUGCUGCCUGCGGUGCCGAAGAACGUCCGGGUCUUUUUGCGAUUUUGGGUAGCAAUGCUGGAGUCGAAGAAUGGUUACACCUUGGUAGCUGCAAGAACUUUGCAGGAGCUGUUUCCAAGUUUGGAAGACGGGCCAUAUUGCAGCCUCAACAAGGAGCGUCACGCCAAAGAGGUCCUUGACGUGGCAUUUGACCUCGAGAGGAAUCUUCGAAGGAUCUACGAGGCUUCCAGUGCGGUUUGGCUCAGUGCCCGCGGCAAAGUGCCGCUGACUCCGAUACUGCAAGAGGGCGAUGCGGAGGCGGAGGCUGCUCCGCCUCCGGAGCCUCUGCAAGGACGAAGUGAAAUGGAGCACCGAAGACCUCCAGGAUGGUCGGAGAGACCAAUGGAGGCACCACUUGGCGGGAGCCGUGACGGUGUACCAGCUGCGCCGAAGGCUGCAGCAAUACCGCCCUGGCGAAGGGCAGAUCUGGGACCAAAGCCUCCUUCGCCCGAGUUGAGGUUCAGCUCGUCUCCAGGUCUUGGCUCCGCAUGGAAAUUCUUUGAUACCUGGCGUGCAGCUCGAAGCCUGAAAGCAGUGGAGGCCAAAGACGCUUUCCUGGGACUGUUAUGCCAAGGGCGUUUGCAUCUGAUGAACGGCGAGCUGGAGGAUGCGCAGAGGAUAUGGACUUCUGCCAGCGAGACUCGAGUGGAAGCUUUCUUGGAGUUGUGGAAUCUCCAUGAUGCACAAAAUGCGCACAAAAAGGCCGUGCUGUGUGCACGAAAAGCCUUUGAAGAAACUUCUCCAGAGUCACAGGUCUCUGUGGAAAUGGAGUUGAUUUUCCAUCGUAAGGUUUGGGGUGGCACCGCUGGGGAAUCUGUGGACUGCCGCCACUGGGUACAGCUGUUAUUGGCCAAAUCACUUCGAAAAUGCAGUCUUUGGGAGGAUGCCUGGCAGACACUUUUGGCAGCAUCACGGGAGGCCGUGGCAGAUCAUCCUGAGGAGGCGCGUUUUCAGGGUGCAUAUGGCGCCUGCCUCUACCAAGUUUUGAAGCUUUGCAUCCUUGCCGCAGAGGAUGCAGCGCGUCAUGAGGUGCUGCAGGUGAUGGGCAUCUAUGGCUCAACAGAGGCGCCACUGCCCUGGCUGGCCUCGAGAGUCGGGCAGUGCAACGUAAUCAAGGAUUUUUGGACUUCCAGAUAG